CAUUCAACGUGAAUGGUUGUUGUUAUCCGUUCGUUCGUUUAUUAAGCCGCAUUUUUUUUACCGUGUUCGUCGCGGAAAUCGAUAAAAUAAAAUUAUUGAUGGAAUUUUAUUGAGUUAUUAAAAAUAAUUGGAAUCUAAAAAGAAAUCUUUAAAAAAAAGUGAAAAAAAAUAUUAUUGACGAUUUAAUAAUACUAAUUUUCUCAGAUCAAGGCUUCCUUACUUCAAAUCAACAAAAAAAAAGUGAAUUUAAAAUAAAAAUAAAUAUUUUUUGUGUUGGAUACUAUAAACGCCUCUCUUUUGGAUAACAUAUUUUUUACGAGUCUCGUGCGAAGAAACAAUAAAUUCGACAAAAGUUGUAAAAUACCGAAAAUAAUGAAAAAUAGACGAUAGUAGUCGUUGUUAUUGCUUUUGAUACCGAAGUAGUGACAUCAUCUAGGAAAUGCGAAGCAACUCCCAAAAGUGAUAAAUUAUUCAGGCCCAAAAACAGUAACCGUAUAGUUGAUAAGAUAUUUCAAUCCACACAAAAAAAAAAACAAAAAAAAAAUGGUAGCAGUCACCAAAAAGCCUUUAGUCAACCCCAAUCUCAUCACACUAAAAUGUGUCUUGUUCACAUUUUUCGGCGGUUUGGGGUGCAUCUUCCCCUUCCUGCCCGCACACAUGCGUGCGAUCGGUCUCAACGACGAGGAAAGUCGUCGCAUCCAAAUUAUCGCACCUGCCGUCUCCAUAAUUGGACCUCUCGUUGUUUGUUUCCUCGCUGAUCGAUGGAUUGCCGUGAAAAAGGGCCCGCGAUAUGGCUCGUACAUCCGCGUGCUUGCCGCAAUUCUCAUCUUGCUUGCUGCCUUAUUCUUCGGUAUGCUCCUGCUGGUGCCGAAAUUGCAUCGUGUCGAACAAAAACGUUCUCUAGUCAGUUUUGCGUGCGAUGCGGAUGGCGCUUAUAUUUUGCAAGAAAAAUGUUUGGAGGAAAAAGUUUGUCACAAUUUCGAGGAACCAAAAUUCGGAAAUUUGUUACUCACCAACUGCUCGUACACGUGCCUUCGUCCCUUGGAUUUUGACAAAAAUGGGUAUCAACCGUUCUUGCAUUUGUCGGAUGAUGCAGUGACGCCGCAUGCUGAUGCUUUGCAAGAGCAACACUCGUCGGAACAAGAUUAUGUCGAAGAUGAGCCCGAAAGACCUCGAAGACAGUCGAAACAUCCAACGCACGAAAUUUUGAAUGCACCGCCGCAUAUUUGCAUUUCGCGUGAAGGCAAGGAGGAUUUGUGUCAUGCUUAUGUUAUUGGAACGAAACAGAUGAAAGUUCAAGCGAGACUCCGAUCGGCGAUGAAAGAUCUCGAUAAUGACACGAUAAGUGAGGAUUGGUGUCGGUAUCCGAUUGACGAUUAUGCCUGCAAUGUUCCGGAAGCGCAAAAAUUGAAGAUGAUGAAGGAAGAUGAAAAUUGUGUGCCCGUUGUGGAAUGUGAUGUUGAUGAUCCAUAUGAAAGUCAUGCAAGUGUCCUCGCCGAUACAGUUUGCGUUAAAAUCGAAGGUGAUGUUGAGACAACAGUUUGGUCGUAUUUCACGAUAAGAUUGCUCUCGGAUAUCUUCCCGUUGGCUGCUCUUGUGUUAUUGGAUACCGCUAUUUUGAUUGCGACACGUGAAACAAGUACCGGAAGAGGCGAUGUUGGACAUCAGUAUGCUUGGGGAUCUCUUGGAUGGGCAGUUUUUGCUCCAAUUGUCUCGUUAUUUGAUGUUUCCGAUGAAGUUCCGUACUUGGUUCCCAUUGCAACUGGAGUUGUAUUGCUUGUCAUUUGCGCUCUUUUCCUCUUGUUCUCAAGCAAAAUGCCAUUAACUCCCCCCGAAUGGUGGUGGCAUACCAAAAUCGGCAUGUUGGCAAUCCCAAUGUCAGCCAUCCGCAAAUACGCUCCCGAAGUUGUCGCCUUAGGCUUCGUCUCUGUCGUUCUUGGUCUCUUAUGGUCUGCCGUCGAUCAAUACCAAUGGUGGCAUUUGUACGAACUCGUUGCUGAAAAAGCCAAUUCCGACGCUGUCACGGGAGUUUCUUUGUUAAUUUGCGGUUUGCCGGCGAUCCCUCUUUUGUGGUAUGCCGAACGCAUUGUCGACUAUUGCGGACACAAUUACAUCCUCAUCGGAUCAUUUUGCAUGUAUGUCGUGCGAUUCGUUGCAUUGGCAUUCGUUACAGAUCCUUGGUGCAUUUUGUGGAUCGAAUGGUUGGAAACAGCAACUUUGGGAUUGACUUUCGUCACGUUCAUUUUGUACAUGAGACAUUUGGUGCCUCGAAGACUUAUUGCUACAGGACAAGCUAUUCCCGUUAUUGGUCACUUUGGAUUGGGACGCCUCUUUGGUGCUCUCGUCGGUUUGGCGCAAGAAGACAAGCAUCUUCUUGAAUCGUUGCAAGAUACUUAUGUCGUUUUGGCAAUCACUGCUGCUGUUUGUGCUUUAUUGUACUUCCUUCUCUACCAAUUCUGGCUGUUGCCGAAAUGUAUUCCGCCAAUUCAAGCUCCUCCAUCUGAGACGUUGCAUGGACAACAACCCAACGGCAACAAUGGAGCAUACACCCCUCUCCGUGUCUACCACGAUGGAAAAGCAAAGAAAGGACAUUUCCGCUACUAAAUGGCUUCUUGAUCGGUUUUCUUUACGUUAACGUAUAAAAUACAAAUAAAAAAAUUAUAUUUAAAAAAAUUAAAAUUAAUUUAGAUUUUAACAAAAAAAUUUCUCGAUUGAUAUUCAAAACAAAAAAAAAAUAAAAUGCUUAAAAAUAAAUUUAAAAACCUGAAGACAUCAGAACAAAAAAGGAUUCAAAAUCCUCUUUGAAAUAAAAAAAAUCACUUGAAUAAUUAUUAAAAAUUACUGCCGGACUCAAAAUACAUUAAAUUAA